ACGGGUCACAGGUCAACGCCCGGGAGUGAACCCUCGCGCACAUCACCCCACCGCGCCGCCGCCGCGACAGACCCUCCGAGUCGCCGUCGCUCAGCUGCUAAAUAUGCGGCGAACAGCGCUGCUUUAGCGGACCGGGAGCGGCUGUUGCUGUGCGGGAGUAGCGCGUCAGGAUUGCGUGCCGCUUUCUGUCCCACGUGUUUUCGUCCUGCCAGGGCGGUCAGGCGAUGGCUGAGGAGGAGGCCCCGGGGGGCACAAAGCCUCCGCCUGCGACCGCGACCAUUCCGGUGUCCCACUUCACCAUCGGCUCCGUGUCUGAGGAGAACUCCGAGGAUGAGAUCCCGAGCAAAACGGAGCUGCGGCUCGAGGAGAAGGAGCGCUCGCUCUCUCCCUCCUCGGUCAGCUCUGACGGCACAUUCGACAUGGGCUUCGACCACGUGGAUGGACCGCUGCACAUGAGGCCCAGCAUGUCCGGCCUGCACUUGGUGAAACAAGGCCGUGACAGGCGCCGCAUUGACCUCCAGAGGGACUUCACCGUUGCCUCGCCUGCUGAGUUCGUCACUCGCUUCGGGGGCAACAAGGUCAUCGAGAAGGUCCUCAUUGCCAACAACGGCAUCGCGGCGGUCAAGUGCAUGCGCUCCAUCCGCCGCUGGGCAUACGAGAUGUUCCGCAACGAACGCGCCAUUCGCUUCGUCGUCAUGGUGACCCCCGAGGACCUCAAGGCCAACGCAGAGUACAUAAAGAUGGCGGACCACUAUGUGCCAGUGCCAGGCGGGACCAACAACAACAACUACGCCAACGUGGAGCUUAUUCUGGACAUUGCCAAACGCAUACCUGUGCAGGCCGUGUGGGCGGGGUGGGGCCAUGCGUCCGAAAACCCCAAACUACCUGAGCUGCUGCACAAGAACGGUAUCGCCUUCAUGGGACCCCCUAGCCAGGCCAUGUGGGCGCUUGGGGACAAGAUCGCAUCAUCCAUUGUGGCCCAAACUGCAGGGAUCCCUACACUGCCGUGGAGCGGAGCCGGGCUAACAGUUGAGUGGACCGAGAGUGACCAGAAGAAGGGCAUCAUCAACGUUCCCCCAGAGCUGUACGAGCAGGGCUGCAUUCAUGAUGUGGAGGCUGGGCUGAAGGCUGCCGAGAAGGUGGGCUACCCGGUGAUGGUGAAGGCCUCCGAGGGCGGAGGCGGAAAGGGCAUUCGCAAAGUGAACUGCGCGGAUGACUUCCCCAACCUCUUCAGACAGGUCCAGACGGAGGUUCCGGGCUCUCCCAUCUUCGUGAUGCGGCUGGCCAAGCACGCGCGCCACCUCGAGGUGCAGAUCCUCGCCGACCAGUACGGCAACGCCAUCUCGCUGUUCGGCCGUGACUGCUCGGUACAGCGGCGCCACCAGAAGAUCAUCGAGGAGGCACCGGCCACCAUUGCCACCGCAGACGUGUUUGAGGACAUGGAGAAGUGUGCGGUGAAGCUGGCCAAGAUGGUGGGAUACGUCAGUGCCGGCACGGUUGAGUACCUGUACAGUCAGGAUAGCAGCUUCUACUUCCUGGAACUCAACCCCCGGCUCCAAGUGGAGCACCCCUGCACGGAGAUGGUGGCCGACGUCAACCUGCCCGCUGCCCAGCUGCAGAUUGCCAUGGGGAUUCCUCUUUACCGGAUCAAGGACAUCCGUAUGAUGUACGGUGUGCAGCCCUGGGGUGACACGCCCAUCGACUUUGAGGCGCUAUCGACCGCACCCUCGCCCCGAGGUCACGUCAUUGCUGCCCGCAUCACUAGUGAGAACCCUGAUGAGGGAUUCAAGCCCAGUUCAGGCACGGUACAGGAGCUGAACUUCCGCAGCAACAAGAACGUGUGGGGUUACUUCAGCGUGGCGGCCGCUGGCGGGUUACACGAGUUUGCCGACUCACAGUUCGGACACUGCUUCUCCUGGGGGGAGAACCGGGAGGAGGCCAUCUCGAACAUGGUAGUGGCCUUGAAGGAGCUGUCUAUUCGAGGAGACUUCAGGACCACGGUGGAAUACCUCAUCAAGCUGCUGGAGACUGAGAGCUUCCAGCACAAUAACAUCGACACAGGCUGGUUGGACAGGCUGAUUGCAGAGAAAAUGCAGGCUGAGAGACCGGACACCAUACUGGGCAUCGUGACUGGUGCGCUUCACGUCGCCGACGUAAACUUCAGAAACAGCGUCUCCAACUUCCUGCACUCCCUGGAGAGGGGUCAGGUGCUGCCAGCCCACACGCUGCUCAACACCGUGGAUGUGGAGCUCAUCUAUGAGGCCACCAAAUACGUGCUGAAGGUGACGCGUCAGUCGCCCAACUCCUACGUGGUCAUCAUGAAUGGCUCCAGCGUAGAAGUGGAUGUGCACCGGCUCAGCGACGGCGGCCUGCUGCUCUCCUACGAUGGCAGUAGCUACACCACUUACAUGAAGGAGGAGAUAGACAGGUACCGCAUCACCAUUGGCAACAAGACGUGUGUCUUUGAGAAGGAGAAUGACCCCUCUCUGCUCCGCUCGCCCUCUGCUGGCAAGCUGAUCCAGUAUACGGUGGAAGACGGCGGUCACGUGUUCGCUGGCCAGUGCUACGCCGAGAUAGAGGUGAUGAAGAUGGUGAUGACGCUCACAGCUAUGGAGUCGGGCUGUAUCCACUACGUGAAGAGGGCAGGAGCUGCUCUCGAACCCGGCUGCGUCAUCGCCAAGCUGCAGCUGGACGAUCCCAGCAGGGUGCAGCAGGCCGAGCUGCACACGGACGCGCUGCCCCAGAUCCAGUCAGUGGCGCUACGGGGUGAGAAGCUGCACCGAGUCUUUCACAACACGCUGGACCACCUAGUUCACAUCAUGAAUGGGUUCUGCCUCCCAGAACCCUUUUUCAGUGCCAAGUUGAAGGAGUGGGUGGAGCUCCUGAUGAAGACCCUACGAGACCCAUCGCUGCCGCUGCUCGAGCUCCAGGACAUCAUGACGAGCGUGUCGGGUCGCAUCCCGCCUGCUGUCGAGAAGGCCAUCAAGAAGGAGAUGGCUCAGUACGCCAGCAACAUCACCUCUGUUCUCUGCCAAUUCCCCAGCCAACAGAUAGCCAAUAUCCUGGACAGUCACGCCGCCACCCUGAACCGCAAGUCGGAACGCGAGGUCUUCUUCAUGAACACCCAGAGCAUUGUGCAGCUGGUGCAGAAGUACCGCAGCGGCAUCCGUGGGCACAUGAAAGCAGUCGUGAUGGACCUACUGAGGCAGUACCUCAAGGUGGAGGUCCAGUUUCAGAACGGUCACUAUGACAAGUGUGUGUUUGCACUCCGGGAGGAAAACAAGGGCGACAUGGCCAACGUGCUCAACUACAUCUUCUCGCAUGCCCAGGUCACCAAGAAGAACCUACUAGUGACGAUGCUCAUCGACCAGUUGUGCGGCCGAGACCCCACCCUGACGGACGAGCUGAUGGCCAUCCUGACGGAGUUGACGCAGCUUAGCAAGACCACCAAUGCCAAGGUGGCACUGCGGGCACGCCAGGUGCUGAUCGCCUCCCACCUCCCCUCCUAUGAGCUGCGUCACAACCAGGUGGAGUCGAUAUUUCUCUCGGCCAUCGACAUGUACGGACACCAGUUCUGCAUCGAGAACCUGCAGAAACUGAUCCUGUCAGAGACUUCCAUCUUCGAUGUUCUGCCCAACUUCUUCUACCACAGUAACCAAGUGGUCCGGAUGGCUGCCCUGGAGGUGUAUGUGCGCAGGGCCUACAUCGCCUACGAGCUCAACAGCGUCCAGCACCGGCAGCUGAAGGACAACACCUGCGUCGUGGAGUUCCAGUUCAUGCUGCCCACAUCGCAUCCCAACAGGGGCAACAUCCCCACCUUAAACAGGAUGUCCUUCUCCUCGAACCUGAACCACUAUGGCAUGGCACACGUGGCCAGUGUUAGUGAUGUGCUCCUGGACACGUCCUUCACCCCACCCUGCCAGCGCAUGGGCGCCAUGGUCUCCUUCCGCUCGUUCCAGGACUUCACUAGGAACAUCAAGGAUGUUAUGAGCUGUUUCUCAGACUCUCCACCCCCCAGUCCCACCUUCCCCGAGGGGGGGAACCCAGUGCUUUAUGGAGAGGAUGACAGCAAGAGCACUCAGGACGAACCCAUCCACAUCCUCAACAUUGCCAUCAAGACGGACGGGGACAUCGAUGAUGACGGCCUGGCCGCCGUGUUCCGAGAGUUCACACAGUCCAAGAAAUCUCUGCUGUUUGAACACGGCAUCCGGAGACUGACCUUCCUCGUGGCCCAGAAGGAUUUCAGAAAGCAGGUCAACUGUGAGGUGGAUCAGAGGUUCCAUAGAGAGUUCCCCAAGUUCUUCACCUUCCGUGCCAGAGACAAGUUUGAAGAGGACCGCAUCUAUCGGCACCUGGAACCCGCGCUGGCCUUUCAGCUAGAGUUGAACCGCAUGCGCAACUUCGCACUGACCGCCAUUCCCUGCGCCAACCACAAGAUGCAUCUGUACCUGGGUGCUGCUCGGGUGGAAGUCGGUACAGAGGUCACCGACUAUCGUUUCUUUGUGCGCGCCAUCAUCCGCCACUCAGACCUGGUUACCAAGGAAGCUUCAUUUGAGUACCUACACAAUGAGGCUGAGCGUUUGCUGUUGGAGGCUAUGGAUGAGCUGGAAGUAGCCUUCAAUAACACCACCGUGCGCACCGACUGCAACCACAUCUUCCUCAACUUCGUCCCCACCGUCAUCAUGGACCCCUCCAAGAUUGAGGAGUCUGUGCGCUCCAUGGUGAUGCGCUACGGCAGUCGGCUGUGGAAGCUGCGUGUUCUGCAAGCUGAGCUGAAGAUCAACAUCCGGCUGACGCCUACAGGGAAGCAGAUCCCCAUCCGCCUCUUCCUCACCAACGAGUCAGGCUACUACCUGGACAUCAGCCUGUACAAAGAGGUCACCGAUUCCCGCACAGGACAGAUCAUGUUCCAGGCCUAUGGGGACAAGCAAGGCCCCCUGCACGGCAUGCUCAUCAACACCCCGUACGUUACCAAGGACCUGCUGCAGUCCAAGCGUUUCCAGGCACAGACUCUGGGUACCACUUACGUGUACGACUUCCCAGAGAUGUUCCGACAGGCGCUCAAGAAGCUGUGGCACUCCAUGGAGGCCUACGCCAACCUCCCUCCCUGCCCCCAACCCUCUGAGCUUCUUACCUUCCGGGAGCUGGUGCUGGAUCCCCAGGGCCAGCUGGUGCAGAUGAACCGCCUGCCAGGGGGAAAUGAGAUUGGCAUGGUGGCCUGGUGGAUGACUCUGCGCACCCCCGAGUACCCAGCAGGACGCGAGAUCAUCGCGAUCAGCAACGACAUCACGCACAAGAUCGGCUCGUUCGGCCCACAGGAGGACGUGCUCUUCCAGCAGGCCUCUGAGAUGUCUCGUGAGAACGGCAUCCCUCGCAUUUAUAUAGCCGCUAACAGCGGCGCGCGCAUCGGCCUGGCCGAAGAAAUCCGCCACAUGUUCCACGUAGCAUGGCAGGAUCCCUCCGACCCUUACAAAGGUUUCAAGUACCUGUACCUCACCCCUCAGGACUACAAGAAGGUUUCAGCCCUGAACUCGGUGCACUGCGAACACGUGGAGGAUGAGGGCGAGUCAAGGUAUAAGAUCACUGAUAUCAUUGGGAAGGAAGAGGGGCUUGGCGUGGAGAAUCUGCGGGGUUCUGGGAUGAUUGCAGGGGAGUCCUCGCUGGCCUACGAGGAGGUCAUCACCAUGAACCUGGUGACCUGCCGCGCUAUCGGCAUCGGGGCGUACCUGGUGCGGCUGGGCCAGCGGACCAUCCAGGUGGAGAACUCCCACAUCAUCCUGACUGGAGCUGGAGCACUCAACAAGGUUCUGGGACGAGAGGUGUACACCUCCAACAACCAGCUGGGUGGGGUACAGAUCAUGCACAACAACGGUGUGACACACAGCACUGUCUGUGAUGACUUUGAAGGUGUCUACACCCUGCUGCAGUGGCUCUCCUACAUGCCCAAGUGCAAAACCAGUCCGGUUCCCAUCCUGAACACUAAGGACCCCAUUGAUCGCCCAGUGGAGUUUGUACCCACCAAGGCACCCUAUGACCCCCGCUGGAUGCUGGCUGGCCGUCCCAACCCAAACCCCAAGGGCCCAUGGAUCAGUGGGUUCUUUGACCAUGGCUCCUUCAUGGAGAUUAUGCAGCCUUGGGCACAGAGCGUAGUGGUGGGCAGAGCCAGGCUUGGAGGAAUACCUACCGGGGUGGUUGCCGUGGAAACCAGGUCCGUGGAACUGUCGAUCCCAGCCGACCCCGCCAACCUUGACUCUGAAGCAAAGAUCAUCCAACAGGCUGGUCAGGUGUGGUUUCCUGACUCAGCUUUUAAGACAGCGCAGGCUAUCAAGGAUCUGAACCGGGAAGGUCUUCCACUCAUGGUGUUCGCCAACUGGAGGGGCUUUUCUGGGGGAAUGAAAGACAUGUAUGACCAGGUGCUGAAGUUCGGGGCCUACAUUGUGGACGGACUGAGGGAGUACCACCAGCCAGUUCUGGUCUACAUCCCUCCACAGGCUGAGCUCCGAGGAGGCUCAUGGGUGGUCAUCGACCCCACCAUCAACCCCCGCCACAUGGAGAUGUAUGCAGACAAGGAGAGCCGUGGCGGUGUUCUGGAGCCAGAGGGUACAGUAGAGAUCAAGUUCCGCAGGAAAGACCUUGUGAAGACCAUGAGGCGCGUGGAUCCCAUCUACAUGAGUCUGGCUGAGAGACUGGGAACACCAGAGCUGAGUGUGCCAGAGCGUAAGGAACUGGAGACCAAACUUAAGGAGCGGGAGGAGUUCCUACUUCCCAUCUACCACCAGGUGGCUCUGCAGUUUGCUGACCUGCACGACACUCCUGGGCGCAUGCAGGAGAAAGGCGUGAUCACGGAUGUUCUGGAGUGGCGGAUCUCCCGCCAGUUCUUCUACUGGCGACUGCGGCGCCUGCUGCUCGAGGACACUGUGAAGCGUAAGAUCCAGGCAGCCAACAGUGAGCUGACAGACGGCCAAACGCAGGCCAUGCUGAGGCGCUGGUUUGUGGAAGCCGAGGGCACGGUAAAGGCCUACCUGUGGGACAACAAUGAGAUGGUGGUGGAGUGGCUGGUCAGGCAGCUGGCUGAAGAGGAGGGCGCCCGCUCAGUCGUCGAUGAGAACAUCAAGUACAUUCGCCGGGACCACCUCCUCAAGCAGAUCCGCAGCCUGGUGCAGGCCAAUCCCGAGGUGGCCAUGGAUUCCAUUGUGCACAUGACCCAGCACAUCUCGCCUACCCAGCGUGCCGAAGUGGUGCGCAUUCUGUCCACCAUGGACACCCCCGCCUCCUCCUAGACAGUCAUCACAACCCCCCGUUCCCUGAACACAUACUGCACCGGAACAGGAGUGCUAUGGCAGAUACACACGUGGAACAACCAGUACAGUGGUGGGAAACUGAGGGCCAGAAGAGCCAAAAUGGUGUCCUCAGGGGACCGGAAGAGCCAACAUGGUGCACUUGUAGGGGGCAUCGGGUCUGUCCUCGAUCUCAUCACCAGUGGGUAAUGAUUCCAUGGGGUUGGUGGGGCUGAACUCUCUUAAUGGGUUUGACCCCCUAGUGGAUCUAGGGUAAUGUGUACAUUUAAGAAAGGUAUAUAUAGUGUCAUGUGUUAGUUGUUAUAUUUAUAUACUUAGGUCGGUGUCAUGUGGAGCUUGUUGUUGCUCUUUUAAAGUGAAAUUUUAACAUUAAUAUGAUAACUGGAGAUAACACAAAAAAAAACUAAUAAAUCUAUUAAUAGCUAGCGUUCAACUAGAGAGCAGACGAACAGACGCACAAAAUCCCCUGAAUUAGUCGUCAGAGAAAAGGGUACGCCACCAAAUCGAACACUGCCGCCAUGUAGGUGGCUCGAGGUUCCCUGGUUUACAGUGCAUCAUGAUGAUAACAUUGUGGUUGAGGUCCAUGGUAAAUUUACAUGUAGAAGAGGAGGGAUGCAUGGAGAAGUUAUGAACUUUAAGCUAACACAGAAAUAUCCAGUGUCGUAUACAUGUGGUGUUUACAGUGCUAUAAGUUUGUUCACAGCAGGUGUCUGGCGAUUGCGUUUUUACGGUUUGGAGAAGGUUGGUGGUCAUUUUGUUACUGAUGAACUUAACACAGAGGAGUCAAUUGAAUUAAAGGUCAACAAUGCUU